ACAGGAACACACCGUCCCUGGAACGCGGAAUCUGGCUGGGAACAGAGAAACGGGAAUGCACUGGGACAAAUAAACUGAGGAGAAUAAAUAUUACCUGCCAUCUGUUGGUCUUCCUCACUCAUCUGUCAUCCACUGUCACUUUUUCUUUUGCUUUUUCUGAGGAUAACUUCUUCAGAGCCUCCAGUGAAAACACAUACAUAUAGAGAUAUAUCUAUAACAAGCCUAUACAUAUAUCAAUAUACAGUAUGCCUGUUUUCAUAAACAGCGUAUGGGGAACAAAACUGAGCAGAGGGAAGACACCUUGAUUGGGAGAACAACAGCAUUAGGAGGACUAAAGAACAACAGGUAUUCCUUUGAGAGAAUAGAAUGGUGUAAAAUACGGAGAAUGACUCGUGGAAUACUUCCGAACUGUAGCUUGAGGCAUCUCUUCCUCGCUGACAUCACGCAAUGUUUGGUGGGACAACAAUCAUGGAGAAGGCUUGAUUCCAACAGUGUCAUUUCUUCAGGCUUCUGAAUUGGAAUUCUACCAAGUGUUUUUUUGUUUUGUUUUUUUCAGGCCGCGAAACAGUUUGUCACAUGGUGAGAUCCUUGAAUCUGGCGUCUCUCCAAAGGGGAGGCAUCUUGCUCGCUCUUACUCUCAUUCCCUGAUGAGGGCUGCUUUCCCUGUAUUAGUUUUCUGUUCUUUUAGGCGCUGGACAAGAAGACAGUGUUAAACCUGCUGUAAACUUGGAGACAGACCUCUUUGAUCAGCAAACUUGCUUUCUUGGUUUACAUUCACUUAACUCCACUGGUUUAAUUGUUCCCAGCAGUGCUGUUGCAUUCUGGGAUACGCAUUGUGGGAUUACCUAAAGAGGAUCAUGGCUGCCUCACACCUGUUUUUGAAUGUGUUGUCUGCUAUUUUACUGUUAAGCUACGUUUCUUACGGUCAAAAAUCCAACACCGCCAGCACAGGUGUGCAAGCCACCAAUCGGACGGCUGCUCCGUCUGAUGCUCCGGAGGUCACUCUUGCGACCCCUGGGUCAGAUGCAGACGAAAUCCCAUCAGCUGGGAGCCGUUGUUGGGGUUACUAUGAUGUAAUGGGCCAAUGGGAUCCUCCGUUUAACUGUAAUGCAGGAAUAUACCUGUUCUGCUGUGGCUCCUGCUACUAUCGAUUUUGCUGCCAGUUCAAGGUUCACAGCCUGGACCAGACGUCUUGUUCCAAUUACGACACGCCGGUGUGGGCCAACACAGGCAAGCCGGCGGCUCCAGUGACCGACGUCCAGGAGGAACCGGAUCGAGACCGCACUCACAUGAUUGUGUACAUAAUAUGUGGAGUGGUGGCCAUCAUGGUGCUGGUCGGGAUCUUCACCAAACUGGGUCUGGAAAAAAGUCAAGGAGGACAGACGGACAUGACAAACUCCAGGGCCCUGACGGAACUGCUGAAACAGCCAGGCGAGCCCGGGGGUGUGGAAAGAGGAGGAGGUCACCACCCUAUGGGAUCCAACGGCAUCUCUGGCAGGUCAAUGCGCACCAACAACGAGCAUAACCACCUGAAUAAUGUCACGCAUCCUACUUUGAGUCCCGUAAUGACUCUGUCCCAGCCUCACAACAACCUGGGCUUCAACAAAUACUCCUCUCUCAAGACCAUGGAUACUACAGCAAGGGAUUAUUACCCCAAGAGCUAUACCAUGAUGGAUUACGCACAACGCCAAUCCUCGCCUGCAACCUUCCAACCCAUUGCUUUCCACCCAAAAGAUAAACACUUUCUUCCCCCUCCGGACAUCCAUACUCCUUUGGCCAUUACCAUUACAUCAUCUCAAGUCCCCAAGCCCAAGAUCUCCAAGACUAACACCCACCCACUCACCUCAAGCUCGGCCUUCAAAGUUUGGGACCCCAACAAGAGCCAUAUUCAGGUCCAACACCAGGUCCCUCUCAUGAUGCAGCCACAGCCACCACUGUCUCAACCAAACAGUCGGCGCCAGGCCUUCUCCAACAAGCGUCAGUUCAGCAUCGAGACUCUUCCAGAGUUGUUCACUCAGCCUCUGGGGUAUGGACAGUCUCCGCACCUCCAACCACAACACAAGGGACUGCACACAAACAGCAAAACAGAAGUGACGGUCUGAGGGGAAAGCCUGAACUGGAUGUGAAAUCUUCUACACAUGUGCUUCAGUUAUAUUUAUAGUAUAUUUUUUCCCCUUUGUACUCGUUUUUACUAGAUUUACUUUCAUUGUACAAAAAUACAGAGAACUGAAGGGGAAAAUGUUGCAUGGUCAAGAUUCUGGUUCUACUUAGGCCUUGAAUCCCUGCUGAUCCUACCUCCCCCCUAAAAUUUUGGUCUGUUGUUCUUGUACUGCUUGCCUUCAGAUGUCUCUUGUGGACCGGACCCAUGUGUCCGAUGGCAAAGGACAGGAGCCUUGCACCUCAGCCCCCUUCACACCAUUCUUGAUAAGGCCAUUGUCCUGUCAACUUCCAUCAGCCAAGAGCUGCCACACAGUGAAAUAUUAUUCAGACAAUUCUAGAUCACUGAGGACAAAGAACGGUGAGGAAGCAUACGGAAGAGGACAGUGACGAAACCAAGGUGCCCUGUGAGAGGGAAAGAGAGUUUCAAGUGUUGUGAUGUUUAAGAGUUUAUUCCAGUCAACGGAUGAGGAUCUAGGUGAAUUUGGCAAAGUCCAAUGUCCCUAGGACUCUUUACCUCAACACCUUUAUCAAAGGAUGCAUUCCAGCACUUGUCCAGGGAGCAGACCGCCAACAUCACUUCAAAUCAUAGCUAUUCUGGCUGUUUCUCUUUCAAACUCUUGUUUGGGACACAGCACAGGUAAAGACAAGGUCGAUAAGCAAGUCUCUAUUACAGACAGACCUCAAGAGAGACAUUUCAGGGGACGAUAGUCACCUGCAGAGAUGAGGUGCCAUAGUGACGGAGGAGCACACAUCUAGGUGAACAAAUCCAGCAGUGUCAUAAGAAACACUGCCUAAACAACUUUAAUAAAUUGACCCAUGUGUAUUCCUUGCAAUAUCUGUCACUCUAAUCUGUCACACUAUCUCUCUAAUGCUAAUUCUCCUCUCGAAUGCUUUGAAUACUUCUGAAUGUAGAUAAUUAUCCUUUUCCUGAAAGCAAGAACCUGUUAGAUUGAUGAUUUGGUGGCAAAAAUCUAGCAUGUAGCAGCAAUACCUACACCCUAUUGUAGCAUCCUAAUGCAAAUGGCAUGGGAAACCACUAAAUCUGGUGGUGGCCAUCAGUUUUAAAGUGAAGAUCUGUGAUUUUAGGUGCCUUGGGAGUUGCUCAAGAAACCAAGGAAAAUGGUAGCAAUUCUAGGCCUUUCUGUCCUCUCCUGCUUGGGGCCAAAUGACUGAUGGACACAACUGUCAAACCCACUCUCUGCUGUUCCAAGCUGUUUCCAGCCAGGCGUUUGGCUGCCACACUGCCACAGAAUACCAGGGGGCGCUGUAAUUAAUGACAGGUUGGUUAUAAUUCAGCAGAUCCAAAAUGUGUUCUACCAAACUGUCUUAUCUUUUUUCAUUCACAAUGGAUCCGAAAGGAGAUAUAUGGUUAUUCCUCAAAGACAAAAGGCGUGACAACAAAACUAAAUUUAGAAUUUUUUUUAUGCACCAAUUUAAAGGAGACCUGCAGAGAUGUCUGAUGAUGACCUCUUGCUUCUUCACACAACAAUAAUGCAUCUACCAAUCAAACAAUUGUGUCUAAAAAGAGCACUUUGUUUGAACAGCCUUGUGAGUUUUUACGGGCCAGUGACAUCUAAUGUACAAGCCACCUAAGGACUAUAAAAGAGUGUCAAAUGUUCAACGGAACUGCUGCUUGGGGCUCCUUGCAAAAAUAAGAUGCCAGUAUUGUGAGAAGCAGAGAAGGAUUAUUGAACUCGGAAGGAGGAGGCAACACACUCAUAACGGUACAAAGUACUCCUUUCUAAACACUAGAUUGUAUUAAAGUCAGUGAAGUACAUGUUACGGCAGUUGGGUCUGUAAUGAACUAUAAAGAAAGGAUGAAAAAGAAAAAAAAAACAAGUAACUCUCUCUCUCUUUAUGUCCUCACCAGCUUCAUUUUGGAGAUAAUUUCUACUUCUGGACCAACUCCAGAGACAGCAGUUCCAAAAAUAUGGCAACAAAUACAGUUACACCAUGUUCCUGGAUGGCUAUUUUCAACCGUUGAAUUAAUGUGAGGAUGUAUCAACAUGCUCUCAUGGGUCAGAAUUGAGUCAAAUUAUCCUGAGCUACAGUGAUGCUUCAUUCAGUUUCAGUGGCAAUGGCUCAAGGGUGUCAUUGUGUUUCGGGGCAAACCCUGGAGGACAGACACGGCUGUCAGACUCUCCUGGCACUGAGAUGUCAAGCGAUGCCAAGGUGAGCCAGCUACACAGCCCUCUGCCUGAAAUGGAGCCACUUUGUCAGCCAGGAGGUCACGAAGUCUGUCUAUAAUGAAUACCGGAAAAGAGCAGAGCAGGGCAGAUUUAGCUUUUAACAAAACCACAGUGAUAAAGUUUCUAGCUGUACCAGCUUAAACCCUGAAUCAAAUGAGGACUAACGUCUGGAAAUAAACUUUUUAUUUGUCAUUAAGCACUGGAUUGGUCAAUUAACUACUUAAUUCCAGAGGUUAAGGAUGAUAAAGGGAAAUCAAAAGAGGUUGAGUGCAUUCAUCUGUUACGAAUAAACACAAGGUGUAAAUAUCCGUUUUCCAGUGGUUAUUUUCAACCACCCAAAUAAGCUGAAUGACUGUUGUUUCUGAUUUCUUCUUAAAUCGAAAGUGUUCUACCUGUGAAGUGAAUGCCACCGGGUAGCAUUUUAUCUUUAGCAAUACAUGAUGUACUUUUUACUGUUUAGGUACUAUUUGCAAUGUCAUUUUUUUUGUAUCGUAACCGUAAUUGGAAUCAAAGUCGAGCCUGCCGCAGGUGACAACAAUUUGACGGAGAUGAAGUGCUUCCGAAUUUUAACACCCUUCUCACCUUCCUUACUAACUUAAAUGAUGUCUUGCCAUAUUUAAAGCUUGCGCUAUAUUUAUAAACCAAUGCUUUAUUUAAUCUUUUUUAAAAGACAUAUUAUAACCAAUGCUUGAAUGACAUGUUAGUUGCCAAUGUAUUGGAGAAUCAAAUUGUUCCCAUUUGUUUGGUGGCUCCAUUGGUUUAGUGGUAAGUUUGUCCGAUCUAAUGUUAUGCACUAUUCUAAGCUGUACCUUUUGUCUAUGUAUAAUUAGGAUGAAUUCUACUAAGGGCUUUUAAAGAUGUACGUGCUCUUAACAGUAGUUGUCUGUGUCGAUCAUGGAAAGGGUUUUUCCCAAUGCAAUGACACGGAGUACAUUUGCUUGUGUCAGAGUGAGUAGUUACUAGGGUAAACUAUAGCAGAAUACACUUAGGGGUUUUGCGAAGGCGAUGUGCAUCAAAAAGCAAAAAUUGUUCCCAGCUUAAGAAAACAGGACUUUUCUUAUUCGAACCCUGAAAUGAUAUGCAAAAACGCGACAUAUGAGAGCUCAUUACAGAAGCAAAAAAAGACAACUGCUCUAAGUUUGAAUUUACCAGCAUUAAAGGAAAUGCAAAGCCAGCUAGAGCAAUGCAGAUUGAUCCUAAUUAAAAGUCACACUGGUUACAUCAUUGAUAAAAAAGAACGACAGGAAGGCUAAUUAGGCUUGUCUGUUGACUUAAUCAAGGCCAGGUUUUUACAGCAACACUAGCAUUGAGAGUUAUCUCCUGUCACAUUUGUGUUUUACAUGUUUACUGAUUAUAUAUGCCUGUUUAUUCAUACAUCAGGGUUAAAAGAGUUAAAUAUAUAAAUUUUGUGUAAAAAUGUAUGUAUAUGAUGUGAAAAUAAAGCAGCAUUAGUUUCA